AUGUCUUCGAUUUUCGCUUGGAACAUGUGUGGGUUCAACAUGCCGCGCAAACAAAGAGCAGUCAGUCGUUGGAUUAAAGCUGCUAAGUUAAAUAUUGGUUGUUUGGUGGAAACUAGAGUUCAGGAAGGUCAUUUUAAGAAGGUGGUUAAGGCGACAUUCCCGGGGUGGAGCUAUACCCACAAUUAUGCUCAUCACAGGUUAGGAAGAAUAUGGGUUUGCUGGUCAGACGACGUGGAGGUUGUCCAUGUAUCCUCCAGCGCCCAAAUGAUCACCUGCUGGGUGCGGUAUAAAAGUUCGGGUGAUUUCUUUCUGAGCUCUUUUGUGUAUGGUUUCAAUGGAGCUAGUGAGAGAAGAGAUCUUUGGCAAGAAAUGGAGAUGAUUUCAAACUCAGUUGUUGGAAAUACAUAUCCUUUGAUACUACAAGGUGAUUUUAAUGUGGCGCUAUCAAUGGAGGAGCACUCUAGGGCCACAACCACUAGAGGAGACAUGAGAUCCAUUAGGGAAUUUCAAGAAGCUGUGGGAGUCUGUGGGCUAGUUGAUUUAUCCCACAGUGGGCCACUGUUCACCUGGAUAAACAACCAAGAUGAGAUUCCUAUUAUCAAGAAAUUGGAUAGGGUCAUGGAUACUACGGAGCCUAUCUUCCACUCUCGAUUAUCUCUCACGUUGUUCCACAAGAAGUUGAAGCUGCUUAAAGCUGAUCUGAGAGCGUUAAAUAAAGACAUUUAUGGCGAUCUCCCUGUUCGAGUUAACGAGGCAUACAACGAUCUCUGCGCUAAGCAAACUGAAGCCAUGAAUAACCCUCAGACAUCCACGUUUGAGGCAGCUUCUGAUGCAUGGGAACGCUGGCACCAUAUUUCAGAUGGGAGUAUUCUCACGGAUCUUCAGGAAAUUAAGAAGGAGACAUCAUCACAUUUUGGAAAUUUUCUGCAAGGGACUCCAGCUGAGUUUGAAGUAAUGUCACAAGAGCAGCUUCAAGAGCUGAUAGACUACCGCUGUCCAGACGGUGAGGCAACGUCGCUUGUAGCACCAGUUCAGGCAGCUGAAAUAAAGGAUUCUCUAUUCACUAUGCCUACGAACAAAGCGCCAGGGCCAGAUGGCUUCCCUAUGGAGUUCUAUAAAGCAGCUUGGUCGAUAAUAGGGCAUGAUUUCGUUGCAGCCGUUCAGUCGUUCUUCUUGUACAGCUUCCUCCCUAGGAGUGUCAAUGCCACACUGCUGUCACUAGUGCCUAAAACCACAACCGCUGAGCGCAUGGCCGACUUCAGACCGAUUGCUUGCUGCAACGUCAUCUAUAAAGUCAUCUCCAGAAUCAUAGCUAAGCGGCUCAAAGCGACACUACCGGAAGCCAUUGAACUCAAUCAAUGCGCGUUUGUUGAGGGGAGGCUUCUUCUUGAGAAUGUUCUAUUGGCUACAGAGUUGGUGAAAGACUACCAUAAGGACACAGUCUCCACUAGAGCUGUGAUCAAACUAGACAUUAAAAAGGCGUUUGAUAGUGUUCAAUGGAGCUUUAUUGAAGCCACACUCCGGGCCAUGCACUAUCCAAAACUAUUCAUUACGUGGAUUAUGCGGUGCAUUGAUACAGCUGGGUUCUCGGUCUCUGUGAAUGGAGAACUUGAGGGUUUUUUCCACAGUACCACAUGGGUUCGUCAGGGCUGCUCCUUGUCUCCCUACAUCUAUGUUAUCGUGAGUAAUGUCCUGUCAAAAAUGCUUAACAAGGCUGUAAGUGCUGGAAGAAUUGGUUAUCAUCCUUGGUGCCGUGAGGUCAACCUCUCCCACUUGAGUUUCGCGGAUGACAUUGUGGUCUUCACUGAUGGUUCUCCGGCGUCGCUUGAAGGCACCCAUAAAGUGUUUGAUGAUUUUGCUCUCACUUCGGGUCUGACAAUCAACAUUGCAAAAUCCACAGUCUUUGUAGCUGGUCGAGGGAAGCGGUCUUCAGAUGCAGAAGCAACUCGAAUGGGAUUGUCCAUCUCUGCGCUCCCAAUCAAGUAUCUUGGGCUGCCCCUCACGACCAAGAUAAUGUCUCAGAGUGAUUACGAGCCGCUUCUAACGAGGAUAAGGGACAGGUUCCUAAGCUGGACAAGCUCUGCUCUAGCUUAUGCAGGUCGCCUUCAGUUGAUAAAAUCAGUGAUUGCUAGCAUCACAAAUUUUUGGUGCGCAGCUUUCUGCUUGCCCCAAGGUUGCAUUGAUGAAAUCGAGAGCAUGUGCUCUGCUUUCCUUUGGAGUGGCUCUCCGAAUGUCACCAGCAAAGCAAAGGUUUCUUGGGAGGACGUUUGUUGCCCCAAAGAAGAAGGAGGUCUUGGAAUUCGAAGAGUAAAAGAUGUGGACACGGUCUUCAGCUUAAAGUUGAUAUGGCGCUUGUUUCAGAGCUCGAACUCCUUAUGGGUCGCCUGGGUGAAGCGGUAUCUCCUCAAACAAGCGUCUUUUUGGGAUGUGCGGGACACAAGUGCGGGCUCAUGGGUGUGGCGGAAGUUGCUCAAACUGAGACCGCUAGCGAAAACAUUCCUGCGUAUGGAGAUUCGUAAUGGUCGGCGCGUCAAGUUCUGGUUUGACCUAUGGCAACCUCUUGGUAGAAUGAUUGAUAUCACCGGAGAGGUGGACAUCCAAAAGCUUGGCAUUAGAAGAAAUGCCACAAUAUGUGACAUGCUGAGGGGAAAUGAGUGGCAAUUUAGGUACUGCAGAGACCCUGGCAUACGCUUACUCGGGGACCAGAUUAGAGCUUUCCCUGUAGUGUUAGCUCCUGAUGCUGAGGACACAGUUCUUUGGAAGAAGGAUGUGAAUGUGUUUCAGGGAGUUUUUGAAGCACACAGUACUUGGAAUCUGAUCCGAGUACACAAGGUGGUGCAGUCAUGGAGUAGAAUCAUUUGGUUCCCGCAAAAUGUCCCUAGAUUUGCAUUUGUAGCGUGGCUUGCAAUAAAGGACAAGUUAGCUACGGGACAUCGUAUGAGUAACUGGAGUCAAGGACUAGCUUGUGGUUGUGUUUUUUGCGGUGAGCCUGAUGAAACUCGAGACCAUCUAUUUUUUGCUUGCCCCUAUACUUUCACCUUAUGGAUUGACGUCGCUGGUUUGCUACUAGGCACGUCCCCUGAUCCUCAUUGGUACAUCACAAUGGAACAGAUUGCUCAUCAUUCACAUGAUAAGUUAACUACUAUCCUACUUCGAUUGGCAUACCAGGUGACUAUCUACUACAUCUGGAGAGAACGGAAUGACAGGAAGCACAAUAACACAGUGAGGUCAGUCCAGCAACUUGCCCGCAUUGUUGACAAAACCAUUCGCAGUCGUAUCAUGUCUAUUCGAUACUUCGAGAAGCCCAAGCUAAGAGAGCUCCUCCAACGAUGGUUCACAACUCGGCUCAGCACAGCUUAA